AAACCGUAAUUAUGGUUUCAAAAAUAAUACGGAAACUCUCAUAUUAUUACCACUGCCAUCUUCAGCAGCUUAAAUGAACUAUUACAGACUACUACUUUGGCUAUUUCACUAUUUGAAUUGUAUCACCUAGGAAACAAUAUAAAUCAUUACAAACAAAACAUUUCUGUGAAAUAAACAUUUAGUCUAACACAGCAAACAAAGCAUCAUUUGCGUUGACUGGGUUGGCUGUACAAUUAAAUUUAAAUGUCUAAAUUUGAUUUAGACGAUCCCUUGGGGGAUUUGCUCUCUAAUGGGAGUGAUGAUAGUUUCUUCGAUAAUCCCAAACCAAAAACUAAACGUCCAAGUACAGCAAAAAGUCCCGAAAAGAAAUCGGUAAGUGAUUUGUUUGGUCUAGAAGAUGCACCUGCCCCCAUUGACCGAGCAUCACGUGCGAAAGACGAUUGGUUGGGUUUGGAAACUCAAAAAACAUCUUCGACAACAAUACCUUCGUCCCCAGUUAAAGCAAAAGCAAAGCCUGCAAAGAAAAUAAGUUUUGAAGAUGAUGACGAUAUUCUCAAUACCUUGGGCCUGGAGAAAAAGGCAGAGCCAAAGAAGAACGACGCGAAAAAAUCAUCCUUAAUGGAAAGCAUUCUCGGUCAACAGAAAACCAAGGAAGACAAUAAACAGUUUUUAUCCUUGGAUGAUCUACUUCAAGAGAGUAAAGGAAAGAAACAUGAUAUGCCGGCAACGGUAACACAAUCGGCUUCACAACUAACCGAUAAGUCUACGAUAGGCAUGUCUUCGCUGGAUACAACGCGGGAGGGACGCCGAGGACGGGUGAGAAGUGCUAAUAUUUCUGACCCUUUAGGGCUAUUACAGAACAAUCAACAAUCUGUCGAACUUGAAGCAAAACCACGGAGGCGAGACCUUACAUCAACCAUAGAGUCGAAACCCGAACAUCCAACUGAAAUUAUUCAGCCCAUAUCCGCCAAAUCUAACUUAGGUGAUGUUUCCGAUUGGUUGGGUGGCACUCAAGUAAAAAAAGUUGAAACAGAAAACACAGUCGUCCCACCAGCAAAUGUAUCAUCGGUCCUAAGCACUUCCGCAUUUCCACCACAUGCAGAUCCAACUAAUACAAGCCACAUGCCAAUGCAAGGAUCUAUAGAUAAUUUACUAACUCAACAAAAGCUAGCGGCGUCGCACAUUGAAUAUCAAAAUACUUCCAUAGCUUUGCAACAACAAGAAUCACAACUUUUGAUGGCUCUUCAAUUAAAAAAAUACGAAGAUAACAUGGGUGAUAUGCAACGAAAGCAGCAAGAAAUACUUAUGAAACAAGAGCAGCAAUUUAACACGCUCCUAGAUAAACAAUUCACAAAACAGCAAAUUAUGGAAAACAAUAUGCGAUUACAACAAGAACGUAUUAAUAAUCACAUUCAAAUGUUAAUUUCACAACCGGCCAUUUCAUCCGCACUCAGUCCAAAAGAAAUGGAGCGAUUAGAUGAUCUGCAAAGGACUUCUACAGACGAAAUGAUAAAGCAAUACGAAGAAAUUGUCGUGAAUCUUAAGCAACGGCAUCAUGAAGAGAUAUUUUUAUUGGAAGAAAGUUAUAAAAAACAAAUUUCUACCUUGGAGCAAUCAAUGGAGUCAGUCGAGAAUCAUUUAAAAAUGGAACUAGAUUCAUUGACCUCCAAACAAAAGGAUAAAGUCGACGCCAUGGAAGAAGAAUUUAAAAUAGAACUUGGAAGAUACCAGAAAAAAAUUGAAGAACAACAUCAAUUACACGAUGCUGAGAUACGGCAAAUGAGAGAAAAUAGUAACAGAGUUGUUGAGGAAGUGAAGUAUGAAUACAACACUAUAAUUGAAAAUCUUAAAUCUUCCAAGAACUUGGAGCAUUCAGUACUGACGGAUGCACACGAGUACACUCAGAAAUUGGACGCAAGUUUGAAACUGUUAGAUAUCAAUAGUAGGUCAAUAUUAGAUAUAAAAGAAAAAGUUCACGGAGAUUACAAUGUCUUGAGUCUGGCAAGGGAAGAAAGUCUCAAAGCAAAACAGCAAGAAAUUGAAUCUAUGCGAGUAACUUUAGAAAAAGCUCGGGAAUUAGCUGACCAAGAGCGUGCGCAACUCAUGGCCGUGGUGCGAAAUUUGGAAUUAAAACUAGCCGAACACAGUCAAAACACAAGAGAGGAACGCUUUGCUCUCCAACAAGCGGCGUCUACUUUAGCGGCACGGGCAGCAGCUCUCGAUAGGGAAGCAGAUUUCAAUAGGCAAUCGUUGGAACGUGAAAGACAACAACUGAAAGUUCUUCGUGAAACUAUUCUUGCCGAGCAAGAAAAAUCUCUUCAUGAGCUCACAGAAGAAAAAAUUCAACUCCACUCUGAGCGGGUCCGCCUUGAAACAGCUUCUAAACUAAAUCCAAACUACGAUGCUCAACGUGCGAAAGCAGAAGUCGAGGCAGCAAUUCAAGUCGCAAAAGAAGCAGCCGAGAUGACAGACAGGGAACGCGAAAAUUUAAUAAAGCAAAUACGUGAAAUCGAAACUUUGAAACGCACAUUGUUGGAUAAGGAAUCUAGACUGAAGAAUCGCGAACGUGACCUGGACGUUGCCAUGGAGCACGCCAAUCGCAAGAACUUGCUCGGCGAAAAAGCACUUGAAGAUGCCCGCAUAAUUCAGAUGAAUUACAAUGAUAAGCUGCGCGAGAUGCAAGCGCAGAUCAGCUCGAUGAAUAUGCGAGAGAGGAAGCUGGCCGAAGAUAAAAUUGCUAUAUCGAAAGAAAGACUGACGUUGCAUAGCAAUGCCAGGCAACUCAAAAAGUGUGGGCUGUGCGCAGUGGAGAAUCACCAGAUCAACGAAGAUCACGAAAGCAAUUUAUCAGAGCCUGUCGAGCACGAUAUGCCACGAUUUAUUAGUGUUAGCGACGCUGACAUGUUCAGACUGCAGCUGCAAAUGAGCGAAGAGCAGUUGAGCUCUAAUCAAGAUAUAGAAAAAUUUAGUGCCUUCAGAGGAUGACUGACGUUUCAAAGUUUUUAUUUUACUUUGAAAUAGUGUUAUGAGUUUUAAUUUUUAAAUAAACAUGUAGCCCUGUACUAAUCUAUGCCUCAUAUUAUAAGAGUGCAAAAAUAAGUUAAGACUGAUUAUAAUUUAUUCUAUUUGGAAAUAAAUGAGAUAUUAAUGA